AUGACGCAAAAAGGAUUCAUUGAAAAAAGACAGUGUGCAGCCGUUUUUACAGUGAAGAGAUUGGAAGAGGUGUUUCCAAAUGAUAGCACAACAGGGAGCAUAUAUUUUCUUAGAGGAUACAGAUGUCAAGGCGUAAUACGGCAGGACACGACUAGACUACUUAAGAGAGUGCUUGAGCUGGAGAAGCCAGAGGAAAGCAAGAAGGCUAUCUCAAUCAAAGUUACCCUGCAGAAAAUUAGUGGCAGUGAAAAAAAACUGCGUCUCCCAAAUGCAAUAAAGGCGAACCUUAAACUUGAGACCACUAUAAACUACACUAAAGAAAAUUUAAACAGAAUGUGGAGAACAAAGUACACAGAGUUGUGUAGGAACAAUGGUCAAACUUAUCCUUUGGAGUACAGUAUUGGUCCUGAAAUCAAAGUGCCUGUCAGUUUUGAAGACCUUAUCAACCAGCCUGUGGCUUUGCUGACAUACCCCCCCUUAUCAUCCUACUUGGACUGCCCUAGCUUCAGUGAUAUAAGAGUCACAGUGUAUGAGAAUGAGGUCAUGGUUGGAGAGCAAUCAGUUUUCAAUUGUCACAAGGUGAUUUUGGCCGCUGCGUCUCCUCUGUUUGAUAAAUUCUUUACGGAAAAAAUGGACGGAUCUGAGAAAAAAGGGAAAAUCAUUCAUGGCGUCCAUCCUGAAAUAUUCAAAAAGAUCCUUGUUUUUAUCUAUUCUUCAGACUAUGACGUUAAAGACGUCAAUGAAGCUUCCAAGAUUAUUGAGGCAGCACAUCGGUUCGAACUUCCUGAUCUUUCUUGCUAUCACUGUACGGAUACACAGGGAUACUGUCAAAAAUUUAUAAGAAAAAAUGUCAGAAAACUGCUCUCAAGCGAGGCAUGGAUACACCUUGAUCCUGAAAGUGUAAUACGGACCCUCAAUAUCGAUCACAUUUCCCCACCUGUCAAAGAAAAUCUCUUUUAUGAAGCUGUUCUUGAUUGGAGAGAACAGGCUCUUUAUAAUAUCCGGUCCAAUUCUGAAGACCAUGACGACCCUGGUUCAUCGCAUACAUUGGUCGAUGACACCAAAAAGAGCCUUGAAAAAGGCCCAGGCUAUCCGCAGACGGAAGAAGACGUCGAAGAGGCCUUUGAGGAAAUGAUUUCGCUAAUUCGUUUCAACCAAAUGGAUACAAAAUAUUUAUUUGAAAAGGUUGAAGGAGAUUUUGAGAUCAUGAAGUCAGAUAAAUGUAAAAAGCUUCGUCUUUUUCUUUUAUUGAUUAUAUCCUCAAUGCUACAUCUUCCAAUGGCCGUACCACCCGAGACCCUUUUUGUCUUCAAGACUUUAGCCGCUAUCUAUCCAAACAAAAUCCCACCGCCUUACGAUGAAAGGGAGAAAUAUCAUAGUCGACUUCAAUUACUGUUAUCCACCAAACAAUUCUUUCCUUAUCUAAGAGCAAUAAACACAGUAUGCUGCAACAAAAACGCCUGGCUACUUCAUUUAUUUCAUGACGCUCUUCAACAUUCUAAUGUAAAGAUCAAGCAUGCUACAAUUGAUUUUGACAUGUACACAUCAAAUGUGAAGAAUUUAAAUACGUGGAUCAAACAUUAUUCUGAAUCAGUGAAUAUAUUGUGUAUCUAUCACGGCAAUGACUACAGUUCUAUACCUGCAGCAAGAAAAUUACACCUGAAAUAUAUGACAUUGAAUGAGAUCAAAUAUCAUUGUUCUGACUUUGAUGAAACCGGACAAGCACUUGUGGAUAUGCAUUUUUCGCCGCUAAAAGUGUUAAUAACAUACGAUACCAGUUUUAAGUAUUUUGAUUCUCGUUCUUCACAGCCCCCUAAACUUAUUGUCAUUGAGCAAAAGGGAAAUGAUAAUAUAGAUCAAGGACAAGCGCCUCAAUCAAGCUGGUAUCAUUUGUGCGCCGACAGAACAAACAGAAAGAGCAGGAUGCUGGUAUGGGAACUUGGAAGACGUGACAUCGAAUUUUCCCAGAGACACCUCAAAAACUUUAAGCGAAGAAAAGGAAGGGAAAAUAUAUGA